AUGCAGAGGUGCUCCUUUUGUAACAAUUCCAUCCUCGACUAUGAGCAGCCCGUGAAGGAGAACAACAGAAUCUACCACCCCAAGUGCUACAACCAGUCCGUUGGUUCAAGGCAGACUAUUGACAAGACCAAAGAACUGAAGCAGAAGUUGGCUGAAGACUAUGAGAACCAACCCAAGGUCAUCGGCGCACUCACCCUCGACGAGGGCCGCGGCUUCGUCAUCGAUCCCGUCACGGGCCAAAGAAAGCCAGCCAACCGUCCUGGAGAUCAGCUCGGCCACAGCCCAGCGGGCGUGAAGACUCAGCCCGGCCUCCAGCGCCCUUAA